AUGGCGGAAAGUCAACGGCCGGUGGGCCUGCUCUUCGAUAUCGGGGGAGUUUGUGUCGUGUCGCCAUUCCAAGCCAUCUUAGACUAUGAGAUUGCUCAGAACAUACCGCCUGGAUGGGUGAACUUCAGCAUCUCCCGGACAUCACCACAUGGCAGCUGGCACAGAUUGGAGCGGGGCGAUAUCAAAAUGGACGCCGAGUUCUUCGCUGGAUUCAAUAGGGACCUACGGGAUCCCCAACUGUGGAAGUUAUUCAACGAGGACCUUCGGAAAAAGAACCCGAACAAAGUCCUAGCAUUGAACCCACCAUUGCCCGAGGUAGACGCGGAAUGGUUAUUCUGGGAGAUGAUGCGAAUAUCGAGGACGCCCGACCCCUUCAUGUGGCCCGCGUUGAAGAAGCUGAAGGAGUCUGGCAAGUUCAUCAUGGGGGCUCUGUCGAAUACAGUCAUCUUCCCGGACGGCCAUAAGUAUAACGACGACACCAUCGGGCGCAAGGCGUUAUUCGACUUCUUUAUCUCAUCCGCACAUACUGGCCUAAGAAAACCCGAUCCGAAGAUAUACCAGGCUGCUUUGGAGGAGAUGAAUGCGGCUGCUCAGAAGAAGGGACUAAAGCAGCCAGUGCGAGCGUCUGAUGUGGUGUUUUUGGAUGACAUUGGCCAGAACCUAAAACCUGCUAAGGCGAUAGGGUUCCGAACAAUCAAGGCCCCUUACCAAAAGACCGUCAAGUCCAGCGCGUACUACAGUCGCUACCAGACCAAGUACCGCCGCCGCAGAGAGGGAAAGACCGACUACUACGCUCGUAAGCGUCUGGUCACCCAGGCCAAGAACAAGUACAACGCUCCCAAGUACCGCCUGGUCGUCCGCUUCACCAACCGCGACAUCGUCACUCAGAUCGUCUACUCUGAGCUCACCGGUGACAAGGUUUUCACCAGCGCCUACUCUCACGAGCUCAAGCGCUAUGGCAUCACCAACGGUCUGACCAACUGGGCCGCUGCCUACGCCACUGGUCUCCUCCUUGCCCGCCGUACUCUCAAGAAGCUCGGCCUUGACGAGGACUUCACCGGUGUUGAGGAGGCUGACGGUGAGUUCAGUCUCACCGAGGCUGCUGAGACCGACGACGGUACCCGCCGCCCCUUCAAGGCCUUCCUCGAUGUUGGUCUUGCCCGUACCUCCACUGGUGCCCGUGUCUUCGGUGCCAUGAAGGGUGCUUCCGACGGUGGUAUCUUCGUUCCCCACUCCGAGAGCCGCUUCCCCGGUUACGACAUCGAAUCUGAGGAGCUCGACGCCGAGACUCUCCGUAGCUACAUCUUCGGUGGCCACGUUGCUGAGUACAUGGAGGGCCUUGCCGAUGACGACGAGGAGCGUUUCCGUGGCCAGUUCCACAAGUACACCGAGAACGAGAUUGACGCUGGUGAGCUCGAGGACCUCUACACCGAAGCCCACAAGGCUAUCCGUGAGGACCCCUUCAAGAAGGAUGAGGAUGCUGGCUCCAAGAAGUCCAAGGAGGAAUGGAAGGCCGAGAGCAAGAAGUUCCGCAAGAACAAGCUCACCUACGAUGAGCGCAAGGCCCGUGUUGAGGCUAAGAUCCGUGAGCUUGCUGCUUAA